AUGAGGAAAGACGACAGAAUCAAGUUCAACCUUUUUUUCACAGAUCUUGUAAAAGUUCUAAAACAGAUAGAUACUUACCAGGUACUCUCGAUCAAAUUACCAAAAAAUGAUAAGUUUUUCGAAAAUGAUCCAAAGCAAAUAACAAGUAAUUUCCUGAACUUUUUGGAUUUGACCGGAAACGACUUUACGGGGGAUGCCAGCAUUAUACACAAAUUCGACUCUGCCGAGUACGAAUCCAUCUACCAAAUUUACCAUGACAUAAAGAUUGCAGCGUUGAUUGCUUAUUUGAGUAAAAACUCAGAAGCGGAUCAUUUUCAAGUUGAUCAUUUUUAUCGAAUUGCCGUAGAGCUUUUGUUGAAGGAAAGCUUACGAUUUGAUAGUACAGUGGUGCUACAAGAGAAAGAAACAAGAAAAUCUUUUCGCAAUGAAAACAAACAGAAAGCAAAUAAACUGGAGACAGAAAUUGAGGAUGAUACUAGAACAAGUUUGAGAAAGGCCAUUGUUCGCGACUUCGACUUGAUUACCACUUCCUAUAUCAACAGGUCGGGAGAUGCGCUUUUGUUAACUGCUGCUAAUGGUGUUCCUCUCUUCUCCUCAUUGAACAAGCGCAUCUCUGAGUUGGACGACAGAAAGCCGAACUUCGAUGAUGACGUGCCGGUUGAAACCUUGACAGUUGUUCCAAGUCUAUUAGGAGCGAAAAUGGAAAGUUUAUCUCAUUUAUGUCAGACACUGCUCAGCCACCAAGCUCUGCCAACUGAGAUCCUUUCGCAAAGUUUUCAUCCAAAUUGGUACGACUUCCCUGUUUCUCAGUGGAUCAAGCAUGGAAAUAACGAGGAGGCUUUUUCCUUUGCACCAAUGUAUGAUGAAAGUCCGUCUAUUAUCUCCAAUGAGUGGAAAGGUCUCAUUUGGCUACAGCACUAUGGCUUCAAAAGAACAUUGCAGAUAAAAAAACAACUUGAGAAAGUGCAGAAUGAAAACGAAGUUGAUGCCAAAGACUCCGCAGGAUCUUUAUUCGGUGCAAACGGCGCAGAAUUAUCACAGAAUUCAACUGUGCAGGAUGUCAUGAAGGCAGAACCAGAAGCAUCUUUUGAAGUUAGUACUCCCGCUGACGAGGAAAAGCACGAUUACACUCAAAAUGGUGUAGAGGAAGCUCGUGAGGAAGAGACUGAACUAGAAUCAGAACCAAUAGACUUAGAAAAAGUGGUCCAAUGGAAUGCCGGAAACGUAAUUGAUGAAGUCGAACAGCAAGCUGUCAGUGACAAUUGUGCCCAAAAAACGGUCACUAAACUUCUAUUAGAGUUGAAUCAAUUGAGACGUGAACGUUAUAAAAGCAACACAUCCAGUGAAAGGAAGUCGUUCAAGCCGACUAAGAGUGAAAUUCUUAAAUUUCACCAGCUGAAGCGCAUGAUUACGGGAAUAAUAAAGCACAAAAAUAUUGAACCACAGAGCUUACAAAUAGAGAUUAGUUCUAAAAUCCCGGUCCUACAACAGAAUUACAACGGUUCGUUACCAUCCUCAAUGAUGAGCGAUGCCCACAAUUCGCAAGCCGUGCAGAUAGCAACUUACAACAGACCACUGAAAAGGCGCCGGUGA